AUGGCAAUGGGUUGUUCUACCGAAGUAGGUGAGGACGCGGGGUCGCUAGGGCACCAGCGCAGCGACGAGGAGUCGGAGUUUAACGAGGGAGACUGGGAAGAGGGGGAGGAGCAGGACGACGAGUUCAGCGACGAGACUCAGGAGGGAGAGGAAGAGGAGGAGGAGGAAGACGAAGUCGAGGAGGAAGAGGCGGAGAAGGAGCGCCGCUCUAGCGGUUCUUCCGAUGGAGACGAGGACGCGGACUCCGAGGGAGCGAAGGGGAGGCAGGAGCAGGAAGGCCAGGAAGAAGGCGAUAGCGGUAGUAACGGCGUCUUGGAGGACGACGUCAAGACAGUGCCGCCAGUUACCACCGCCAUUGGCAAUAGCGGCACCUUCGGUGCAGCAUCGCUCUUCGCAGAUCUGUCGGUGGGCGCGGGAAGUAAGGGCAGCGUGUUUGGCACUCUUGCCACCUCUGUCGAAGUGCCUCCGUCACCACAGCUACCAACUGCGCCUUCGGCAUUCUCCGCUUCUCCCUUGGCAACGGCGCCGCCGCCUCAGCCAUUUUCGGCAAGGACGACAAACCCUUUUCCCGGCCCCAUUGCGUUGCAAGAGCAGAAGCCGUUAAACGCCGUCCCGGCCUCCCCCUUCCAGCCCGCCGUGGCAUCAGCUGCAGCUUUGCAGCAGCAGCAAGACACUAUCACGGGCUCCCUUUACUUUGUGGAUUUCGAACGGUCGCUUGGACAGAAGUUGUCAAGCAGUGAGUGGCACCGCGCUCGCAGCAAGGAUGAAGAGACGCAGGACGUGAAACGCGCCCUGGCGCGGUACGACCUGGUGUUGCCAACCGAUAAGUUUGAUGAGCAGAUCGAGAAGGCAUUGUAUGGGAACUGA